AUGAAUCCUCAAGAUAACAAUCUUACAAACACUCAACCACCUAAUACUUCCAUUGGAGGUUCUUCCCGCACUUUACCUGCUGUUACUCCUCAAGCUUCAGUAUCAUCUUUUAAUCCCUCUUUACAAUCGCCUAAUAAUUCUUCGCAAUUUCCUUAUCCUUUACCCCAUGGUUAUACUGCUACUAAUCAAUCGAUUCCUCAAAGAAAUUAUUUCCCAUCCCAAAUACCUUCUCAAAAUUCAUAUCCUUCUAUUCAUCACUUACUUCUCUCUCGAAAUAAUGUCCCUCACUAUCAACAACAGUAUCUUUCUCAAAAUUCUGUUCUCCAAAAUUCAGCUCCUUACAUUCAACAGCAAUAUUCUUUUCAACAUCCUGUUCCUCAAAAUCGAGCCCCUCACAUGCAACAGCAAUCUCCUUUCCAACAUCCUGUUCCUCAACAUCCAGCUCCUUAUAUCCAACAACAAUAUCCUUCCCAAUAUUCCAAUCCUGUUUUUAUAAAUUCCCAGCAACAAGCCAUACCUGCUAUUCAACAAAGCGAUGAACUCAGAACACCCCCUUUUUCAUUAGCACCCUCUGCAAGUCAUCAGCAGCAUAACCCAACUAUAGAGUCUUCAGAGGGGACUAAUCAACGGCAAGAUACGCCGUGUCUUUUGAAAUUAAGCGACAUUAGUUUAGAUGAUGAUUCAAAUUCUGAUGAUAAUUUUAAUGGUGACGACAAAACCAGUAACUCAACUAUGGUUGAGGCAUCUGUUUCUCAAUAUGACAAUUUGAGAAAUAGUUUCCAAAAUCCUGGAGACAUUUUGGCAAGCCAUAAUAAUUUUAUCAAAACUUUGCGACAUUUUAUGGACAAGAUUGACAAGACAAGUAAAGUUGUUGAGGAAAUUUACUUUUUCAGAGUUACUCUCGUAACUGUCUUUCAUCAAUCUAGAAUGUCUCCUAGGGAAUUUACAAAUAGACUAAGGUCUUUUUCACCUGUUAAUAAAAAAGUGAUGAGAGGUCUCAUCAAAAACGCUAUGAGCAUACUUGACAACAUGCAACCUAUAGAAAUAAAUGGUGAAAAGGUGCCUUAUAUGGGUGUACCUUUGCCUGGCUUCAUUAAUAAUCGUUGCUUUGAAACUCCCGGUACCAGCGAUUUACAUGUUUAUGUUUCUCUUUUUAGUGAGGAAAUUUCAUUCCUAAGUAAAAGGCACAUCAAAUAUAAUGCCAUUGUUGCUCUUAUCGACAAUCUUCCAUACAGUGAGCGUAUAAAGAAAGGGAAUCGAGUGAUAAUCUACGCCUUCCGUAAUUAUAGAGAGCGAGAAAAAAAAAAGAAAAAAGACACGAACAAUGAGGAAGGUAUGGGAGAGAAUGUUAACUUCCAUAACAAGUCUUCUGUCGAGGCAACUGACAUCAGCGCUUUCUAUAAGAUUGCUGCAGACCAUUUCAAGGUUCUUUCCGAUGUUGGAUUUGAAACCUACGACGCCAGCAAAAUGAAAAACGUACGGGUUUACGUUCAUCUUCGAGCCUUUGGAGGAGAUUUAUCAUCUAUCUCCUCAAUAAUGGGGCACGACGGACCGAAAGCCACUCACCCUUGUUUUUACUGCUCUAUACCCCAAAGCAUUGAUUCAAACAAGAAGAAAGGAGUUAUCACAGCGAUAGCUUGUGGUCCUGAAGGUCAGCACCUCUUCCAUCAACUUUAUGAUAUGCAAUGGUACCUAAAUAGAAUAGAGCCACUGCUUGAAAGUCAUCGACAAAAGUCUCCUUACGAGGAAUAUACUCAACUCACUCCGGCAGAGAGAAGAGAUCUGAGUUUUCGGACAUACUCAGAUGUUGUCCAUUUGAAAUCAAUAUCUUUUCCUCACUCCUUCCCUUUUGAUCCCAUCAAUGUAUUUUUUGAAAACAUUACUCUUAUGUUUUAUCAAAUCAGCACUGGUUCAUCUAUGGAUCAAAUUGCAGAACCUAAUUUGAAGGAUUUCACCUUUUCAAAAAAGGAAAAAGAAAUUCUCUUGAGGAUGCUUGAUAUAGUAAAUGAUCGUUUCAACUCACGCACUCUGAAAUUCAGUUUCCCAUCAGAAGAAAUCGCUGCUGGCAAAUUUGAAGAUGUUAAUGCUGCUCAACUAGAGGUUCUGUGUUAUCUUAUGCCCAUUUUCCAUCAUCAACUACAAGUAGCUAAUCCUUCACCUGAAGCAUACUCUUUAACCCUAGCCCAUUUGGAUGGCCUAGGAAAAUGUUUCGAAGCCCUUGUUAGAGAUUACGAGUACACUAUUACUCAUGGAUACAAGGACAACUUCCCUCUUUGCACCUUGUCUAUUCAUUUGUGCACUCAUGCAGCCACUCUUAUUGCUAUGGUUGGACCUCUCUCACAAUUUAGCAAUUACAGUGCGAAUAAUUAUAUGAAUGGGGCCUUUAGUGAUUCAAACAGACAAAGAGGUCUCACACCUCAGGCCAAAUACCAGCAAUUGGUUACUGCUGCUCACUCUAUUAUGUUUCACUCUGAAACUCGCAUCCAUAUAGGUUCUGCCCAUUUAAAAGGGAAAUCGAAACUAUUCGGUACGACUCCAGACGCCAGUCGUUACCAAGGCAUUGUCGAGAGACAGUUGCAUGAGGACUUGAGAUCAAAGAAUUUAACUCUAGUGCAAUCACCUAUUGAGUGGACGGAUAAGAACCACAUACGCUUCAAGUCCAUCAUGUUUACUGGUUUUGGUUUUAAAACCAGAGUUGGUGGCUUAGUUCGAGUCAAGCCACCUUCCGGUGGUCCAGCAGAAGCAACAGAAAGCCAUCAAUACUGUCGGUUGUUGGAUAUUGUUAAUUGCUUUAACAUUGAAGUUAUAAGCCAAACCACUGAACCAAAAGAUUACACAUACUCGCAAACAUUUGCGGUUGUUGUUUCGCUUCCUCUUCGAUAUGUUUAUUCACAACGCAACAAAUUGACGAGCCAACCAGCUGAGAAACUGGUCCGCUGUAGCUACUGGUAUUCACAUGAAAUACUUAAAGAUAACAUUUUUGUUGUUCCCUUUAACAGGAUUGCUAAUCCUGCUUAUUCAAUUUUGCUUAAUGGUUACGGUGAGUCAGGUAAAUUACAAGACAUAAACUAUAUCUAUGAUCCGUACGUUGCUUGCCGGAUUGAUGUCAAUGGUCACUUUGAAGAUGUCUUAACCAGACAUCUGGACGUCGAUAUCAAUAGACAUUUGAUUCCAGACUUUGACGAAGAGGAGCUUGGUGACGUUUUAAAGGAUUAUGAGGGUGAAUUUAUCGAUGACAUCAAGGGACCUAGUGGAUGUGAGUAUCAGUAA